AUGAGCUUAGCUAGUGAGUUACAACAAGUACGAUCCAUUGAUAGCGGAGAUGAGGGUUCCAGUUCUAUCAACACACCUUCUGACUCCACACCAAGCUUACUACGUAGGAUAUCGUCACCAAUUAUAUCCGACUUGCCGAGUAUAUUUAGUCAUUUGAGGUCCAAUGACAGCGAACCUAUGGUGAAGAAUUCCAGUGGGAAAAGUAUAAUGAAACGUGUUUUAAGUGGCAACAAGUCUAGCGAUAGUUUUGGCUCAUCAAACUCGAUAUCAUCAGUUACAAGUCCUGUACUUGAUAAACAAUCCAUCAACGAUUCGCGAGUUGCACCAAAUGGCGAAGAUGUAAAACCACUCGAGGUUGAUUCAAACAUAACAAAAUCAAUCGACCAGUUGAAAAUACCAAGCAUAUUCCAAACUGAUGGACUACCAUUAUUAAAGGUGUCACACAAAUCAAAGAAGAGAAUCCUACUAUUCAUCGAUUUGGUCAAUUUUUCCUUUCUCUGGAAACUAGCUCCUAAUAUAGCUACCCUGAAUAAUAAAAGACUAUCAAUGCACGGAUCAAGUCAGAGAGUUCACGAGUUCACCGUUGACGAUAUAAAAUUUGUGUACACGCAUGAGAAAGGCACCAACUAUCGUGAGGAACUACGAAUUUCAAAGGAAUUUGAAACGAGGUGGAUCACUUUGAUUUACUUUAAUCAGAAAAAGGGUAAUUUAAAGAUGCUUCAUUUGAUUGCUGAUACUGAGCACGACUUUAAACGGUUGAAUCUGGCUAUUACUACGAUGAAGGGUUUACGACACCACCUUGCAACUGAGUUUCUCGUUGAUUUGAAUGAAUUGGAUGAGGCGCAUAUGAAGAUGAUUUUGAAUCGGGAGAUUCCUAUCCAGCAAAAACUGCCAACUAAGGAAUAUCUCACAUUCAGUGACAUUUUAAAAUAUGCUAGACGUUUAGGUAUCAGCAUCAAUAAACUGUAUUUGGAGAGCAUAUUUAACAACGUAUUCGAAGCGCAUAGCGAUUCGGUAGAUCUAAAAGAAAAAGGACUCAAUUUUGAACAAUUUAAGGAAUUCGUAUCUAUACUAAAGAGGAGGGAUGAUAUCUUAACCCUUUGGGAAUGCAGCUGCACUGAUAGCUCCUUCGGAAUGAAUCAAUUGGAUUUUGAAUACUUCUACUUGAGAGUCCAGCAUGAAAAGUAUGAUUCAAAUGAAAUGGAUUCCAUUUUUUGUCAAUUUUUGACAAGUGAUGGUCAUUGGACUGCCGACGACCUAAAUUCAUACCUAUUAUCAAGCUAUGCAAACCCUAUACAAAACAUUGAGACAGACAAUUAUUUUACAUAUCCAUUGACAGAUUAUUACAUAUCAUCAUCACAUAACACGUACUUGACUGGUAGACAAGUUGGAGGCGACUCAUCAAUAGACGGCUAUGUCAGAGCACUACAGCGAGGAUGUCGAUGUAUUGAGAUUGAUAUAUGGGAUGGUCCCAAUGAAGAGGAUGCCGACUCCACUGAUCAUGAGCCAAUAGUCAAUCAUGGAAGGACAUUUACCAAACCAAUCAGGUUUGCAAAUGUGGUAAAGACAAUCCAAAAGUUUGCAUUUAUAACGUCGCCAUAUCCAUUGAUCCUCAGUUUGGAAAUAAAUUGUUCUCCAUUAAGUCAAAUGAAAGUGGUCAAGAUUCUAAAAGAUACUUUGGGAGCUAGUCUCGUAACAUCCACCAUUGAUGAUAGUUCCACUUUGCCUUCCCCGGAAACGCUCAAGUACAAGUUUUUGAUCAAGGCGAAAAAAACCAGUCCAUUUAAAGAUUUAAUUGAAACCGACGAAGGCAGCUUUACCACAUCCACCACUACAACUUCAUAUUCAGAAGAUAAUGGAGUCAAACCAAUAGGGAAAACUUUUAGUUUAAGAAGGAAAACGAAAGCUCCUAAAGUGAUUGAUCAAGUUAGUGAAUUGGGUGUAUACCUACAAGGUAUCAAGUUUCGUAACUUUUCCUUACCGGAAUCAAAAAUUUACAAUCAUUGUUUUUCCCUCAGUGAAAAGACAAUCAACAAAAUGAUGAAAGACGAGGUUAAGAAAACUUCAUUGGAUAAGCAUAACAGAAAAUACUUUGUACGGGUCUAUCCAUCAGGAUAUAGAGUCACAUCAUCCAACUUCAACCCAAUAAAGUAUUGGGAACACGGGGUGCAGAUGGUGGCUACAAAUUGGCAAACAUAUGACCUUGGCCAACAACUAAACGAAGCAAUGUUUGAAGGGGUCAAUAAGAAAGGUUAUGUUCUAAAGCCGGCACAUUUGAGAAAACCGAUUAUUAAGAGCUCCAAGUUUUUCAAAAUGUUCCAGCCAGCAUCCAAGACAAUACGGUUUAGUAUAAGUAUCAUCAGUGCUCAUCAAUUGCUGAAACCAAAGGAUACUGAUGAUAUCAUUAGUCCAUUUGUCUCGUGUGAGAUAAUUGGUGCUGACAAAGUCAACUGGGACUCACCACCGAUGGAACUUGGAAGGACGAAGGUUAUCACAGAUAAUGGAUUCAAUCCUAUUUGGAAUGAAACGUUUAGUGGAACAAUUACGGGAUCUCUCGAUUUGGUGUUUGUUAAAUUUGUGGUGAACUCGGUUUCCAAUGUAGAUAAAAUGGACGACGUACACCCUUUGGGGCUAUUAGUUGCCAAAUUGAGCUACCUAAAACAAGGGUAUAGGUACCUAUAUCUCAACGAUUUAUUUGGUGAACAAUUGGUGUACUCUUCAUUGUUUGUCAAGAUUACAUAUGACUGUUUAUAG